AUGACAAAAUCCCCAGUGUCACCUGCAGAUAUAAUACCUCUUCCUAAAAUAUCACUAAAAAGAAAGCGUCGUACUAAAGGUAAAAAAACCGAAAUUUUGUCUUCUAGUCCUUAUAAAAUGCAACUUGAAAAUUUAGAAAAAGAUAAGAAAAAUGCAAAACUAUUUUCUGAAAAAAAUAAAGCAGAUAAACAAGCAAGAAAAAAUGUAUUUGAAACUAAAUCAAAACCAAACAAGAAAAAUGUACUUAAAAAAGCUGAUACCUCUAAACAAGUGAACAUAACUAUUGACUCUGAACAGUAA